GUAUCCUUCACACAACCACAUAUUUUAGUUUUUUUGGGAGAUUUGCUGGAUGAGGGUAACAUAGCUACCGCUCAGGAAUACAAGCAAUAUGUGCAGCGCUUCAAGCGCAUCUAUAAAAAUAAGAGGCUAACAAAUCGUGUUCAUGUGCCGGGCGAUAACGACAUUGGCGGCGAUGAUGGCGAUUACAUAUCCAAUUCGAAUCAGCGACGCUUUGAAAAUGAAUUCAUGAGCGAAGAUCUCUUUGACUAUGACAAUCACUUACGUUUCUUCAAAAUCAAUCGCAUGCUAUUGGACUACACGAAUCCCGACAAGGAACAUAACGCUGAACGCCUACGUAUCGGAGUCUCCCAUGCCCCACUGCUAAUUGGCGGUGGGCCGCUGUUGCGCGCCGUUAUUAACGAUUUGGAUCCACAUAUACUGUUUACAGGACAUUGGCAUGAAUCGCGUAUAUUUGUCUAUCCGUCGAUAAAGGCGAUCCAAUUCUAUGAGAACGAUGUGCGGCAUUUCGAUCUGAAAGCCCUGAAAGAGACGGAGCACAGCUACCUGGAGAUAAUGGUGCCAACAUGUUCAUAUCGCAUGGGUAAAUUUAAGAUUGGCAUAGGAUAUGCCGUGUUAGAAAACUACAAUUUAAGCUAUACUGUGCUGUGGCAGCCCAAUCGGUUUAUAUUUCUCUUCAGCUAUCUGUUUUGGGGUCUCUUUGUGCUGUGCAGUGCCAUCGUCUACAAAAUGAUGACACGAUGUCCCUUCCGCGUGGCCAAGCGGCAAUCUCAAUAUAGUCGCGUCUCAACCAAUCAUAAUUUUUAGACUUAAAUUACCAACACAUWUUCAAUCAGUACUUUUUUAAUUUCUAUAUAAUGUUAUAGUACAAUUUGCCAAAUAGGAACUG